GACGUCACUGGCGUAGACGCAGGCGGAACGCCGAGCGCGAGGUGUCGCCGGCCUGUGUGUCGCAGCCGCUUUUCUUCGGCGGUUUGCUAGGCACCGGUGAUGGCGGCGCCGUCGCCGUCGGCGGAAGACGCGGAGGGAGCGGGUGAGGCUGAAGUUCCUGUUUCAGGUGUCAAUGGGCACGCUUAUUCGUCCGAGGCAGAAGGCGAAGACGAUGGAGCCGCGGGGGACGGGCCAGACGUGGCCUCGAAGAGAACGGAGAGCGUGGACGGGGAGGACGUGUUCGAGGUGGAGCAGAUCCUGGACAUGAAGAUCGAAGAGGGUAAUGUCCUUUACAAAGUUCGCUGGAAGGGCUAUUCAUCAGAGGAUGAUACCUGGGAACCAGAGAUUCAUCUCCAGGAUUGCAAAGAAGUUCUUCUUGAAUUUAGAAACAGACUUGCAGAGAAAUCAAGAUCAGCCAGGAAUGAGACUCAGAGACUAUCUUUAAAUAGUGACAUCUUUGAGACAAACUCUGAUAGUGAUCAGCAGAGUGAGACGAAAGAAGAUACUUCACCAAAAAAGAAAAAGAAAAAGUUGAGGAAUAGAGAAGAGAGAAGUCCUGACGAGGUGAAAAAGAAAAGAGCAAAGACUGGGAAACUGAAAGAUAAACCCAAACCCGGUCUGGAGAGCCCCUGUAAAGGUCCUGAUGCCAGGACAAAAAAAAGAAACUUGGAAGCCAAAGAAGAGUUAAAGGAAUCCAAAAGACAAAAAAAAGAUGAAAUGAAAGAGACAAAGGAGUUAAAAAAAGUUAAAAGGUGUGAAAUAAGAGAAUCAAAGACUACAGGAAGAGAUGUUUCCAAAGAAAACAGAAAGACAAGAAAAGAGAAAUGUAUUGACUCUCACUUAGACUCAGAAUCAAGUGUACUUAAUGAUUCCCCUUCUCAAGAUGACAAUGAAGAUUUGCUUUCAGAUGAUAACAGAGAUCAAAGAACUAAAAGUGCAAAAGAGAAAGAUAUAAUUCAGGAGAACAUCUUUGAAAAACAGUUCGAAAUCUCUUUGAGUACUGAGGAGGAGUCUGAUAUUAGAGCAAAAAGGAAAAAAACCAAACCCAGAAAGACUGAGGACCCUAAAGAGAGCAAAAAACAGGAAAACAGGAAUCUUUUCUUAGAGAAGAAAACCAUACUUAAGAAGCAAAGGAAUCAAGGAAGAGACUCCCCAGAUUUAGAUAAAGUGACCCCUGUGUCUGCCCAGACUCAGAAGAGUUUGAGGCCAGGUGGGGAGGAGAGAAUCCUCCGGUCCUCAGACCCCGGAGGGGAGGACAAAGACACUAAAAAACAUGAAUCCAAAGAAAAAUUUGUACAGAGAAGGCAUGAUCCGGACAAGGAAGAAAAAUGCCGAAAAGACCCAAAAGGAUUAAAGGCAUAUAAGGAAAUCAGAAAUGCAUUUGACUUAUUUAAAUUAACUCCAGAAGAAAGAACUGAUUUUCCUGAGAAUAAUCGGAAAAGAGAAGAUAUGUCACUAGAUUGUAAAGUCACAGAGGAUCACAAACCCAAGGAAACAAAGCCAUUUCUUAAGGAGAGAAGGAAUCCAAGAGAAGAGGUGGAUACGUGGAUGUACAUAGCCUCAGAAGCUGACCAAGAGGCUGCAGACCGAGUGUGCCAAGCAGAGGAAAAUGCUGAUGGUAAACAACAGAUUUUGAGUUUGGGCAUGGAUUUGCAAUUGGAGUGGAUGAAAUUGGAAGAUUUUCAAAAGCAUCUUGAUGGGGAAGAUGAGCAUUUUCCUGUGACGGAUACAGUUACAAGCAAUUCAUUAAGGGAUGCUGUGAAAAAUGGGGAGUAUAUUAAGGUGAAGAUUGCUCUUAAUUCAAAUGAAGACUAUAACCUAGACCAAGAGGAUUCAAGCGGGAUGACAUUGGUGAUGCUCGCGGCAGCGGGGGGCCAGGACGACCUGCUUCGCCUCCUUAUCAGAAAAGGAGCCCAGGUGAAUGGGCGACAGAAGAACGGGACAACAGCCCUCAUCCAUGCUGCUGAGAAGAACUUCCUGACAACAGUGGCUAUUCUCCUGGAGGCAGGAGCAUUUGUCAACGUCCAACAGAGCAAUGGGGAGACUGCCCUGAUGAAGGCUUGCAAAAGAGGCAAUUCGGACAUUGUACGGCUUGUAAUUGAAUGCGGAGCUGACUGCAAUAUUCUGUCCAAGCACCAGAAUAGCGCACUCCAUUUUGCAAAGCAGUGUAACAAUGUGCUGGUGUAUGACUUGCUCAAGAGUCAUUUAGAAACACUUUCAAGAGUAGCAGAGGAAACCAUCAGGGAUUACUUCGAAGCUCGUCUUGUUCUUCUGGAACCAGUUUUCCCAAUAGCAUGUCACCGUCUCUGUGAGGGGCCAGAUUUCUCCACCGAUUUCAAUUACAAACCCCCACAGAACAUACCAGAAGGGUCAGGGAUCCUGCUGUUUAUUUUCCAUGCAAAUUUCUUGGGAAGAGAAGUUAUUGCUCGGCUCUGUGGACCAUGUAGUGUGCAAGCUGUAGUUUUAAAUGAUAAAUUUCAACUACCUGUUUUUCUGGACAGCCACUUCGUCUACUCCUUCAGUCCCGUCCCAGGCCUCAAUAAACUCUUUCUAAGACUGACAGAAGCACCUUCUGCUAAGGUGAAGCUGUUGAUAGGCGCAUACAGAGUGCAGCUACAGUGACCACACAGAAUUGGGACGAAGGCUAUACGAAAUAGUUCUUCUGAAGCAGUUUGGAAUUCUGGCGUAGCUAACACUUCUAAGUAAUAAUUUUCAUCUGUGAACAAUUGGCAGCUUGAGGCCUGUCAUCUGCUGUAAUCUGUCAAAGCGGACAGUGAUAUGGAUGUUAUCAAAUACAGAUGUAUCUGUGCCACUGUU